AUGCAGGGUCGCCGAUCGUCGCGUAAACUACGCGUCGUGCGACGCCAAGAAUCGCCGCCCGACGAGGUUGUUCCGGUGAGAGAGGGUAGGAGGCAGUCGCGGGUGCUACGCGUCAUCCCUGUUGGACCAACACCGCCGUCUCGGCAACUCAUCCGCGUCAUCGAAGAUUCGCCGUCAGAGUCCUCCGGGCAAGCAGUGCACAUCGUGCAGAAGAAGGCUUCGAAGCGCACCUCGCUAGAGGCUGACCACGGCACCGGCGGGAGCGCGGAGCGGUCGUCAUCCUCAGAGACAGAGCAGCCGACCGUCCGCGUCUACCGACGGCACUCAGAGCCAGCGCCCCAAGUUAGCGUGAUCAGCGAAAGGGAGGUCUCCACGAGCGAGGACGAAAAACAUGUGUACCUGGUCAAGAGAGACGAGUCCGACAGUGAAACGCAGAUAAGAAUCACUGGGGAAGAGAAACAGUCGACUACUAAAGCCGUCAUCGUGCGCCAAAAUUCACCACCACCGGUCAAGCUGAAGGUGUUCAAGGAAGCCGCGCCCCCGCAACAGACCUUUCACGUGCACCAAAAGGAGCCUCCGCCUCCGCCCAGGCUGCGAAUCAUCAAGGAGCCUCCCGAUCCCCCAAAGACAUUUCACGUUCAUCAGAAAGAACCUCCUGAGCCAGCUCAGCUGCACCUUAUCCGUGAACCCGCGGAACCUCCGCAAACGUUUCACGUUCAUCAGAAAGAACCUCCUGAGCCAGCUCAGCUACACCUAAUCCGUGAACCCGCGGAACCUCCGCAAACGUUUCACGUUCACCAAAAGGAACCUCCGGCGCCUGCGCAACUGCACCUUAUAAAGGAGCCACCGGGACCGCCUCAGACGUUCCACAUCCACCAAAAAGAGCCGGCCAGCCCACCGCAGCUGCACCUGAUUCGCGAACCUGCCGGGCCACCGCAGACCUUCCAUAUUCACCAGAAGGAACCUCCGGCGCCGCCACAGAUCCAUGUCAUCAAGCAACCGUGUCCUCCUCCGAUGCCCGUGCACAUCAUACAAAGGGAGCCUGCGCCACCCCCAGAGAUCCAUAUCAUUAAGCAACCUGCGCCGCCACCACAGACGUUCCACGUAAUUCAGAAGGAGCCAGCCCCGCCCCCGCAACUGCACAUCGUCAAGCAGGCCGCGCCGGUGCCGCCCCCUGUACACGUCGUGCAAAAGGAACCCGCACCACCGCCGCAAUUGCACCUCGUCAAGGAACCACCUCCUCCAGCGCAAACAUUCCACGUGCGCCAGAAGGAACCAGCCCCGCCCGCUCAGCUGCACAUCAUCAAGGAGCCGGCGGGGCCUCCCCAGACUUUCCACGUGCACCAAAAAGAGCCCGCGCCUCCGCCUGAGCUGCACCUCAUCAAGGAGCCCGCGGGGCCUCCUCAGACGUUCCACGUGCACCAGAAAGAGCCCGCGCCUCCGCCUGAACUGCACGUCAUCAAGGAACCCGCUGAACCCCCUCCAACGUUCCACGUGCACCAAAAAGAGCCCACGCCUCCGCCUGAACUGCACGUCAUCAAGGAACCCGCUGGACCCCCUCCGACGUUCCACGUGCACCAAAAAGAGCCCACGCUUCCGCCUGAACUGCACGUGAUCAAGGAACCCGCUGAACCCCCUCCGAAGUUUCACGUACACCAGCAAGAACCCACGCCGCCUCCAGAAGUGCACAUCAUCAAGGAACCUGCACCUCCGCCUCAAACAGUACACGUGCAUCAGCAGGAGCCCACACCGCCUCCCAAAGUUCAGGUUAUCAAGGAACCAGCCCCGCCACCGAAAACCAUCCACGUGCACGAGAAAGAACCGGCACCGCCGCCUGAGGUACACAUAAUCAAGGAAGCGGCUCAAGUACAGCAGAAGAUUAUCGUGCAAGAAGCAGAGACUCCUCCCCCAGAAGUUUGCGUUGUCAAGGAAGCGGCCCCAGCAACGCAAGCAAUUCGCGUGCACCAGGAGUCGGCAGCUUCACCGAAGGUGCGCUCUGUUAAGUCGCUCAAGUUGCCCGUCGUCCGAAAUGUCCGCGGCCACCAGGAGGAUGGGCGGGACUCACCGCCGACCAUUCAAGUACGCAAGCAGGAACGGCACAGCUCUGUACGCACCGUUGAGUUGCAGCAGCCGGAAGGACGGCAGUCGCCAGCGCACGUGCGCGUCCUUAGAAACGCGCCGCGGUCGCCGACGCAGUUCGUGCACCUUCGUCACCUCGAGGCAUCGUCGUCGAGCUCCGUCACUGAGAUAGACGCCAGCGAUACGGUCACCAGGGUCUUAAGCUUCCCGCGGCCACACAGCCCACGCGCCGCUGAGGUGCGGCACGUCAGAGCAGACGACGACAGUGACACGGUGGUGUACCUGCGGAAUCGCGGCGAGGAGCAAUCGUCGUCGGCCACCGGUGGUGGUGGCGGCGACGACGAAGAAGAGGACGAAGGGCAGGUGCAGACCAUACGGCUCGUCAGGGAGCAGCCAGCGCGCCGUUCCAUACGGGUCAUCGACGCCCGGCCGCAGAGUCCCACCAGGUCAUCCUACGCCGGACAGUCCCGUUCCACGCCACGCAUUAAGAGGCGCUAG